AUGCUAGAAUUGAGGCUGAGAAUGGCAACUUUUCGGAGCUUUCGCCCUGGCGAUUUACACAAAUUUACAAAAUGUAAUUUGGACAGUCUGGUGGAGACGUAUGAGCUCGGAUUCUAUCACCAGUACCAUGCCAAAUGGCCGUCGCUGUUCCAGGUUUGCGAGGACAACAGUGGCAACAUAAUUGGUUACAUCAUGGGCAAAGUUGAGUCCUCGCCUGACGUGUACAAGUUUUCAGAGCACUAUCUGCCAUGGCACGCCCAUAUCACAGCCUUUACUGUUGCCCCUGAAGCACGCAGGCUCGGUAUUGGCAAGAUACUAACAGCUCAGGUGGAAGCUGCCGCGGACGCAAGAAAUGCUUGGUUUGUCGAUUUAUUUGUUCGUCGCAGUAAUGAGGGCGCUAUUGCAUUCUACGAGAGUGCGGGGUACAGCGUGUUUCGCGUGGUGAAAGAUUAUUACCUCGACCAUGCCACAGAUCCAACUAAAGACACAGAGGAUGCAUUAGACAUGCGCAAGCCCUUGAAGAGAGACACGAAGUUGCAGCAUAUCAGAAAAGACGGCGAUAGAUUCGAAGUAUCUCGGGAUGAUGUUUGGUGA